GCACUGGGUGCCGCCGCGACCUGCCCGCCGCCGGUACGCCAGCCGUGUCCCACACGUGUGUCCCUCCGUCCCUCGCCAUGUACGCCUGUGCAAAGUUCGUCUCCGCUCCUGCGCUAGUGAGGAGGAGCUCACGGGUGCUGUGCCAACCCCUCUCUGCCUCCGUCCUGAGCAGACCUGAGGCCCAGACAGAGCAGGCGCAGCCGAGCGCCCACCGGGCCAUCCAGACGAGCGCGGCCCACCGGGACAUUGACACUGCUGCCAAGUUCAUCGGCGCCGGCGCUGCCACCGUGGGGGUGGCCGGUUCUGGUGCCGGCAUCGGCACUGUCUUCGGCAGCCUCAUCAUCGGCUAUGCCAGGAACCCCUCGCUUAAACAGCAGCUUUUCUCCUACGCCAUCUUGGGCUUUGCCCUCUCCGAGGCCAUGGGGCUCUUCUGCCUCAUGGUGGCCUUCCUCAUCCUCUUCGCCAUGUGACAGAGACGGUGAUGGUGACCAAGAACCGGCACCCCUCCGUGCCCGG